UCCUUUUGCAGAUGUACUGUCCAUUCUGUGGAUCUGUGCUUACAGCUUCCCCUGCCUUUUGCUGUGCAUGUGGCAAAAACAUAACUUUUUUAAAGCAUGUCAAAGAAGACACGCCUGCCACUCAUGCACAAGUUGAUGUUGCACAACCUAGCACCAGUGCAGAGGGAAACUCAAGCAUAGAGACAUUUUUGAAGUUUAGGGCAGUUAAAGAAAGGGAGAGAAAGUCUUUCUUUUCAAAGAAACGUCAGGCCUCUCAGAGUGAAAAGAAACAGAAACCAGUGAAGAUUUAUGUUGGAGUUAUGAGGCUGACAGGUGACUCCCUAAAACCUGUAAGAGGGAAGUCACUCCCUCUUGACAUUCAGCCUCACUGGACAUCAGAGCAGCUAUUGGCUUCUGCUGUUAAAAAACAAAUAGAUUUUAACCAGGACAUGCAGGAUGUUGUCCAUGUUUUGUUGUACCCUGAUGGCAGACAAGUGAUAAACAUCCCAGGAACAGAUGACCCUUUCACUGUCCAGAAGUACAAGGAGGCAUUAGGGAAGGCCUACCAGAAGAUAACACUAUACAUUUGCACUGCAGAGGAUUUUGAAACCAGUUGUGGACAGUCUUCUAGUGAAGAUGACAGUGUCGUCCAUGUGAACGUGCCAUCUGUGGAAAGUGAUCUCUCUGACACUAUGGUCUGGGACAUUCCAGAUAGUGUGAGCACACCAAGAAUGGAGAAAGUUUUGCAGGGACCCUCCAAAUGCCAACAACCAGAAUCUCAUCAAGAUGGACAGCAACCAACUGCCCAGGAACAGAAUCUGAAUACCUGUUAUAGCAAGUACACCAGCGUGUAUGCACCUAUAGUUGUUGACAGUGAGUCUGAUGCAGAUGACCACACAGACUACCCUGCAGUGGAAAGUCCACAGGGUUUGAGCUUGAGUGCUGAAAACAUUGUUUCAGAACUGGCCUCCAAGAUUACCAAUACAUCAUACAGCAGGUUCAACAUCAACCGGGCAAAUAUAUGGGAUGGAGCACUCAGAGGCUUUAAGCGACAAUCUUAUGACCCAUCACAUGAAAUUUUGGUUAAAUUCACUGAUGAUGAGGGGCGAGCAGAAGAUGCAGUGGACACUGGUGGUCCUAAACGGGAGUUCCUCACCCUGCUGAUGGACAGCCUUAGAUCAAGGAGAGUCUUUGAUGGUCCAGACGAUAGGAAAUUUCUCACAUUUGACUGUGCAGCUGCCAGAGAUGAUGAAUAUUUUCAUGUUGGGAGGAUGAUCGCUACAUCAAUAGUCCACGGUGGUCCAGGCCCUCGAUUUUUGUCAGAAUUGCUCUACGACAACCUCACGGGAAAAUCAACCGUUGAUGUUGAAGCAAGGAUUGAGGACAUCACAGAUGAUACCAUGAGAGCUUCCUUGCUUGAGAUAUCCAGUGCAGCAACACUGGAUGAACUGCAUGCAGUGAUCGACAAACAUUCAAGUCUGUUGCAGACUGCUGGUUGUCUUCAGUACCCAGAUGUUGUGGUGGACAAGAAGAUAAUCAUUAAGGACUUCAUGCAGUGGUACUUCAUUUACCGCAACCAUUUUUCAAUACAAAGGUUCAAGGAUGGGCUUUCAACACUUAAUGUGAGUCAUGCUUUGGAGCAGCAUGCAUCCACAUUCAAGGCAUUUAUGUGCUCAAGUGUGGAACAGCUGACAUCCACAACACUGGAUAACCUUUUCGAGGUUCAACUCAGUGAACAAGGCAGUACAAGACGCCAAGAGGAAACCAGAGUACUAGCAUUCUGGAGAGACUAUCUCCUCGAUACAGAAGAUAGAAAAACAGGACUUUCCCUUGCAGACAUCCUGAUGUUCGCCACAGGACUCAGUUCUCUGCCCCCAUCUGGGAUUAACCCGAGACCAAAGCUGGUGUUUCAAAGGAAUUCUCGCUACCCAUGCAGCAGAACCUGUGCAAACACAAUGGAAAUUCCACUGUCAAUGACUUAUGAAGAGUUUGCAAAGGACAUGGACUUCGGAAUAGAAAACUCUCCUGGUUUUGGACUGUACUAAUUUUUUUUUUUGUACAACAAACUGUUAGGUUGACCAUUAGUUCAACAGUUAUUACCUGUAUUUUCAGUUCUGUUACAAGUCAGCCAUGUUCUUCAAUGUCAUAUAAAGUUCCACACAGGUCUCCCAGGUCGUUGGCUGCAUUACACCACUUUGCCUAUGGAGAUCCUCAAGGUGUGACUGGAGAUGAUGAUCCCCACAUGGACUGUGUGUUGCCUCACUCUCAAAUGGCCGCAGUUCGUCCAGUGAAACUGGAAACCCACAGUCAGUUCCACCAAACCUGUGAGUGAAAAUAUAUUCCUAGUUUUAGUGUCACAUGUUGCUUGGACUAAGGAGCCUUAACCUUUCAUGUAUUAUGUAAGUGC